AUGGCUUCACCAAAAUACCACCCAGAUUUUCCAGGAGAAGUCAGGAUCUCAGAUACGUAUCCUCGGCCGCCGCCGGCGGUGCCGCCUCCGCCGCUUCGAAUAGCGGCUCCGGCCGCCGUAUCCCUCAAGGUAGAGCAGCCGGACUCGGCAGACAGCAAGCUAGCGCCCCCUCGAGGAAACAUUCCCCCGCCGACGCCGAUGAUGAAGCGUUCCUCCACCAAGGACCGCCACACCAAGGUGGAGGGUCGCGGCCGGAGGAUACGGAUGCCGGCAACCUGUGCCGCCAGGGUCUUUCAGCUGACCCGCGAGCUCGGCCACAAGUCCGACGGCGAGACCAUCCGCUGGCUGCUCGAGCAGGCAGAGCCCGCCAUCAUUGCCGCCACCGGCACCGGCACCGUCCCCGCCAUCGCCACGUCAGUCAACGGGACCCUCAAGAUCCCCACCUCCGCCGCCACCACCGCCCCCGCCGCCAUGUCUUUCUCCACCUCCGUCGUCUCCGAAGAUGACCCGGGGACCCGCAAGCGCAAGUUCAUCGACGUAAACGCGGCCGCCUCCCACGCGCCGCCCCCAUCAAUCGCCGCAUGCGGCGGCAAUAACUUAUCCAUGUCCACCGCCAAUAACUCCACCAUUAUCUCCGGCAACAACGCCACUGUCACGGCUCCGUUAAUGUCGGUGGUCCCCAUCCCCGCCAUGUGGGCCAUCCCGGCCGCUGUGACGUCGUCGAGCCCGAACGCGCCCCCGACGCCGACGUUCCUCAUUAUCCCGCCGAACCAGAACACGCAGGUCCUGGCCAUCCAGCCGGCCACUCUGAGCGGGGCGGCGCCGGCGAUUGUCAACUUUCCCUUCGCUGCAGCCGCCACCGCGCGGCCCAUUUCCACCUUUGUUGCCGCCGCCAUGCAGCAGCCCUCCGGCGGCGGCGUCACCAUCGCGCAGCACGUGACCCAGAUCAACAUGCAGUCGUUUCAGAGCUCGAACUCCGGCGUGUUCAUGGCCGACAGGCCGAGCUCGAGCAGCAACCAGCAGGCGACGGCCAAGACUCACAUGCUUUCCUGGGAAAUCCACGAUAAGAAAACCGUGUCGGCGAAGAGAAUUAACUGA